CUAGGCCCUUGGGCUCGGGGCCUCCUAGUCGCUGCCGUGGUUGCCAGGAGAGCGGCGCCGGCGGGGAGCGGCCGAGCCCACCCAAGGUAAUGAUUAUACAUGACUUUAUAACUGGUCUCUAGUGGGACGCUGUGGGAGGAUGAACACAGAAGAGCUGGAGUUAUUGAGUGACUCUAAAUACAGAAAUUAUGUAGCCGCAAUUGACAAAGCACUAAAGAACUUUGAAUACUCCAGUGAAUGGGCAGAUUUGAUAUCAGCACUUGGAAAACUUAAUAAGGUUUUACAAAAUAAUGCAAAGUACCAAGUAGUACCCAAAAAGCUGACCAUAGGGAAACGCCUAGCUCAAUGUCUGCAUCCGGCAUUACCAGGUGGAGUUCAUCGGAAGGCACUUGAAACAUAUGAAAUUAUCUUCAAAAUUAUUGGACCUAAGCGACUUGCCAAAGAUCUUUUUUUAUAUAGUUCUGGAUUAUUUCCUCUUCUUGCAAAUGCUGCCAUGUCUGUUAAACCAACAUUGCUAAGUUUAUAUGAGAUAUACUACCUGCCUCUGGGUAAAACACUGAAGCCUGGUCUGCAAGGUUUGCUGACUGGUAUUCUUCCUGGCUUAGAAGAAGGAUCAGAGUAUUAUGAGAGAACAAACACACUAUUGGAAAAGGUUGCUGCUGCAGUGGACCAGUCAGCAUUCUACAGUGCCCUCUGGGGAAGCCUUCUCACCAGUCCUGCUGUGCGUUUACCAGGAAUCACGUAUGUUCUAGCCCAUUUGAACAGGAAGCUCUCCAUGGAAGAUCAGCUUUAUAUAAUUGGCAGUGAUAUUGAGUUAAUGGUAGAAGCAGUAAGUACUUCAGUGCAGGACUCAAGUGUACUUGUACAGAGAAGCACACUGGACCUCAUACUCUUCUGUUUUCCAUUCCACAUGAGUCAGGCCACUCGACCAGAUAUGAUCAGGAUCCUGUCUGCAGCCCUUCAUGUAGUACUAAGGAGAGAUAUGUCCCUGAACCGAAGACUCUAUGCAUGGCUUCUCGGUUUUGAUAACAACGGCGCUAUCAUAGGACCCAGAAGCACUAGACACAGUAAUCCUGAAGAACAUGCCACUUACUAUUUCACGACUUUCUCAAAAGAAUUGUUGGUCCAGGCAAUGGUGGGGAUCUUACAAGUCAAUGGAUUUGGAGAAGAGAGCACUUUAAUGCAGGAUCUAAAGCCUUUUCGUAUUUUAAUCAGUUUACUGGACAAACCUGAACUAGGACCUGUAAUUCUAGAAGAUGUCCUAAUUGAGGUGUUUAGAACAUUGUAUUCUCAAUGUAAAGCAGAACUGGAUCUUCAGAUGGAACCUCCCUUCAGCAAAGAUCAUGCUCAAUUAAGCAGUAAGUUAAGGGAAAAUAAGAAAACAGCAGAGUUGAUUAAAACUGCCAACCUUCUCUUUAAUUCCUUUGAGCCUUAUUAUAUGUGGGAUUAUGUUGCACGUUGGUUUGAAGAAUGUUGUAGGAGGACACUACAUGCCAGAUUGCAGAUUGGGCCAGGAGAUAGUAGUGAGUCGUCUGAGUUACAGCUGACCAAUUUCUGCUUACUGGUGGAUUUUUUGUUGGAUAUAGUUUCUUUGCCUACUAGAAGUAUGAGAGUACUGUGUCAGGAGACGUACAUUGAGAUUCAGACUGAACAUUUGCCCCAGUUGCUGCUCAGGAUGGUUUCUGCCCUGACAAGCCAUCUCCAGACAUUGCACUUGACUGAACUUACUGAUUCACUCAGACUCUGCUCAAAAAUACUUAGCAAGGUUCAACCUCCACUAUUAUCUGCCAGCACUGGAGGUGUGUUGCAGUUUCCAAGUGGGCAGAACAACUCAGUCAAAGAAUGGCAAGAUAAAAAGGUGUCAUCAGUUUCUCUUGAAAAUCCUACUGAAGUGUUUGAAGAUGGAGAAAAUCCACCAAGUAGUCGAUCAUCAGAAAGUGGAUUCACCGAGUUUAUACAGUAUCAAGCAGAGCGAACUGAUGACAUUGACAGAGAACUGAGUGAGGGACAUGGAGCAACUGUCAUCCCAAUUGGUAGCACAUCUUCUGAGACAGAAACGGCCUCUACUGUGGGAUCUGAAGAAACUAUCAUCCAGCCCCCUCCCAAAGUCACUCAGGGAACAGCAACCCGAAGUGGGAAGGCAGCCCAGAAGACUGCAAUGCAGUGCUGUUUGGAAUAUGUCCAACAGUUUCUUACCAGACUUAUUAACCUCUACAUCCUUCAGAGUAAAUCUUUUUCUCAGGCUUUGCCUGCGGAUCAGCAAGGGGAUCUCAGGCGAGAGCACGGAGAAACUUCAAAAUGGGACAGGGAUUCACAUGGAGAUGUAAAAGAGAGAAACAUAAGUAAACAAAAAUCUUCAAAGGAAUACCUUUCCUCCUUCCUUGCAGCCUGUCAGCUCUUCCUGGAGUGCUCCAGUUUCCCAGUGUACAUUGCUGAGGGGAGCCAUAACUCAGAGUUACGUUCUGAAAAAUCAGAAACUGACUGGGAGCAUGUGCAGCCUCCACUGUGGCUUCAAACGCUAAUGAAUGCGUGCAGCCACGCAAGUGACUUCAGUGUGCAGAGCGUUGCUAUUUCACUAGUCAUGGACCUGGUAGGAUUGACUCAGUCUGUAGCCAUGGUCACCGGGGAAAACAUCAAUAGUGUGGAGCCUGCACAGCCCUUAAGUCCAAACCAGGGACGAGUAGCCGUGGUUAUUAGACCUCCCCUCACUCCGGGUAAUCUGAGAUACAUAGCUGAGAAGACGGACUUUUUCAAGCACGUAGCUUUAACAUUAUGGGGCCAACUAGGAGAUGGCACACCUCAGCACCACCAGAAGAGUGUGGAACUAUUUUAUCAAUUACAUAACUUGGUCCCUUCUUCCAGCAUUUGUGAGGAUGUUAUAAGUCAGCAGCUAACUCAUAAAGAUAAGAAAAUAAGGAUGGAAGCACAUGCAAAGUUUGCAGUUCUUUGGCAUCUCACAAGAGACCUCCAUAUAAAUAAAUCUUCAUCUUUUGCACGAUCUUUUGACAGGUCACUUUUCAUCAUGUUAGAUAGCCUUAACAGUCUCGAUGGUUCUACCAGCUCUGUGGGACAAGCUUGGUUGAACCAAGUCCUACAAAGACAUGAUAUCGCAAGAGUUUUGGAACCAUUGCUAUUGCUCCUGCUUCAUCCCAAAACUCAGAGGGUUUCAGUGCAGCGUGUACAAGCAGAACGCUAUUGGAAUAAAGCUCCUUGUUACCCUGGAGAAGAGAGUGACAAGCAUUUCAUGCAAAAUUUUGCCUGCAGCAAUGUAAGCCAAGUACAACUGAUUGCAUCUAAAGGAAAUGGUGAAAAGCCACUUACCAUGGAUGAAAUAGAGAACUUUAGUCUCACUGUUAAUCCAUUAAGUGACAGACUUUCCCUGCUAAGUACCAGCAGUGAAACAAUUCCAAUGGUUGUAUCUGACUUUGAUCUUCCAGACCAACAGAUAGAAAUACUUCAGAGUUCUGACUCUGGGUGCUCACAGUCCUCUGGUGGGGACAAUUUGAGUUAUGAAGUUGAUCCUGAAAAUUUAAAUGUCCCAGAAGAUUCUCAGAUGCCAAAUGCAAACUCCCCAGAUGAUGAUGUUCAACAAGUAGUGUUUGACCUCAUAUGUAAAGUUGUAAGUGGCCUCGAAGCAGAAUCAGCAUCAGUUACCUCUCAGCUAGAAAUCGAAGCGAUGCCCCCCAAGCACAGUGAUGGAGAUUCAAGCAAGGAGGUGACUAAAUGUGAAGAAAAGUCCACUCUGCAGAGUCAGAGUGCAUUGCUCAGUAAUGAAAGUACACAGCUUCUGGCUGUGUCUGCGGAGGGAAGCCGUGAGUGCCUUGCAAAUGGAAUCUCCAGAAAUAGCUCCUCACCUUGUAUUUCUGGAACCACACACACUCUCCAUGACUCUUCUGUUGCUUCCACAGAAACCAAGUCAAGACAGAGAAGUCACAGUAGUAUUCAGUUCAGCUUCAAAGAAAAAUUAUCAGAAAAAGUCUCAGAGAAAGAAACAAUUGUUAAGGAGUCAGGUAAACAACCAGGAGCAAAACCUAAAGUAAAACUUGCCAGAAGAAAGGAUGAUGACAAGAAAAAAACUUCAAGUGAAAAACUCAAACAAACUAGUAUAUUUUUUAGCGAUGGUCUGGAUUUAGAAAACUGGUAUAGCUGUGGAGAAGGAGAAAUUUCUGAAAUUGAGAGUGACAUGGGCUCUCCAGGAUCACGAAAAUCUCCCAGUUUCAAUAUACAUCCUCUCUAUCAGCAUGUAUUACUGUAUCUCCAGUUGUAUGAUUCAUCAAGAACUCUUUAUGCCUUUUCUGCCAUCAAAGCUAUCUUGAAAACUAACCCUAUUGCCUUUGUAAAUGCCAUUUCAACCACAAGUGUAAAUAAUGCAUAUACCCCUCAGUUGUCUCUGCUUCAGAAUCUGCUGGCCAGACAUCGAAUUUCUGUCAUGGGCAAAGACUUUUAUAGUCACAUUCCAGUAGACUCAAAUCAUAAUUUCCGGAGUUCUAUGUACAUAGAAAUCCUUAUUUCCCUCUGCUUAUAUUACAUGCGUAGCCAUUACCCAACUCAUGUCAAAGUUACUACACAAGAUUUAACAGGCAAUAGAAACAUGCAAAUGAUGAGCAUAGAAAUUUUAACACUCCUCUUUACUGAGUUGGCAAAAGUAAUAGAAAGCUCAGCAAAGGGUUUUCCUAGUUUUAUCUCUGAUAUGUUAUCUAAGUGCAAAGUUCAGAAAGUGAUUCUUCACUGCUUGCUAUCAUCUAUCUUUAGUGCACAGAAAUGGCAUAGUGAAAAAAUGGCAGGUAAAAAUUUGGUUGCUGUGGAAGAAGGUUUCUCAGAGGACAGCCUUAUCAAUUUCUCAGAGGAUGAAUUUGACAAUGGUAGCACACUCCAAUCACAACUUCUUAAAGUGCUUCAGAGGCUCAUUGUUCUGGAACACCGGGUAAUGACUAUCCCUGAAGAGAAUGAAGCGGGUUUUGAUUUUGUUGUAUCAGAUUUGGAACACAUCAAUCCCCAUCAGCCUAUGACCUCUCUCCAGUAUUUGCAUGCUCAGCCGAUCACAUGUCAAGGCAUGUUCCUCUGUGCAGUGAUAAGAGCUUUGCAUCAACAUUGUGCUUGCAAGAUGCACCCACAAUGGAUUGGUUUAAUCACAUCUACUCUGCCUUAUAUGGGGAAAGUUUUGCAGAGAGUGGUUGUUUCUGUGACACUACAGCUUUGCAAAAAUUUAGAUAACCUGAUUCAGCAAUACAAAUAUGAAACAGGAUUAUCUGAUAGUAGGCCUCUGUGGAUGGCAUCAAUUAUUCCACCAGAUAUGAUUCUCACUCUUUUGGAAGGAAUCACAGCCAUCAUUCAUUACUGUUUGUUGGAUCCUACUACCCAGUAUCACCAACUUUUGGUCAAUGUAGACCAAAAACACUUGUUUGAAGCCCGCAGUGGGAUUCUCUCAAUUCUUCAUAUGAUCAUGUCCUCUGUGACCUUGCUUUGGAGCAUACUCCAUCAGGCUGAUUCUUCAGAAAAGAUGACUGUUGCUGCAUCUGCAUCUGUUACCACUAUUAAUCUUGGAGCCACAAAGAACUUGAGACAGCAGAUCCUUGAGUUACUGGGUCCCAUUUCGAUGAAUCAUGGUGUUCACUUUAUGGCUGCCAUUGCAUUUGUAUGGAAUGAAAGGAGACAGAACAAAACCACCACCAGGACCAAAGUCAUUCCUGCAGCCAGUGAAGAACAGCUUUUACUUGUAGAACUGGUGCGUUCAAUCAGUGUCAUGAGAGCAGAAACUGUUAUACAAACUGUGAAAGAAGUUUUAAAGCAACCCCCAGCAAUAGCCAAGGAUAAGAAGCAUCUUUCUUUGGAAGUCUGCAUGCUUCAGUUUUUCUAUGCUUAUAUUCAAAGAAUACCUGUGCCCAAUUUAGUGGAUAGCUGGGCAUCACUGUUGAUACUUCUGAAAGAUUCAAUACAACUCAGUCUUCCAGCCCCAGGCCAGUUCCUUAUACUUGGAGUUCUGAAUGAGUUUAUUAUGAAAAAUCCUACUUUGGAAAAUAAAAAAGACCAAAGAGACCUUCAGGAUGUGACUCAUAAAAUAGUGGAUGCAAUUGGUGCAAUUGCUGGUUCUUCUUUGGAACAGACAACAUGGCUGCGACGAAAUCUUGAAGUUAAGCCUUCUCCCAAAAUAAUGGUUGAUGGAACCAAUUUGGAAUCUGAUGUUGAAGAUAUGUUAUCACCUGCAAUGGAAACCUCAAACAUCACCCCUUCUGUAUACAGUGUCCAUGCAUUGACAUUACUCUCUGAGGUUUUGGCUCAUCUUUUGGAUAUGGUUUUUUAUAGUGAUGAAAAGGAGCGGGUUAUUCCUUUACUUGUAAAUAUUAUGCAUUAUGUUGUACCCUACCUCCGAAAUCACAGUGCACAUAAUGCCCCUAGUUAUCGAGCCUGUGUCCAACUGCUUAGUAGUCUUAGUGGAUAUCAGUACACACGGAGAGCCUGGAAAAAAGAAGCCUUUGACCUCUUCAUGGACCCCAGUUUCUUUCAAAUGGAUGCCUCUUGUGUUAAUCAUUGGAGAGCAAUUAUGGACAAUUUGAUGACACAUGAUAAAACAACAUUUAGAGAUUUAAUGACUCGUGUAGCCGUAGCACAAAGCAGUUCACUUAAUCUUUUUGCAAACCGUGAUGUGGAGCUAGAACAGAGAGCCAUGCUUCUCAAAAGAUUGGCAUUUGCUAUUUUUAGCAGUGAAAUUGACCAGUACCAGAAAUAUCUCCCAGAUAUACAAGAGAGAUUGGUGGAGAGUCUCCGUUUGCCUCAGGUGCCAACUCUUCACUCGCAAGUGUUCCUGUUUUUCAGAGUGUUACUUUUAAGAAUGUCUCCACAACAUCUUACCUCGCUCUGGCCUACUAUGAUUACAGAACUUGUACAAGUAUUUUUACUGAUGGAGCAGGAACUCACUGCUGAUGAAGAUAUUUCACGGACUUCAGGCCCCUCUGUGGCUGGUCUCGAGACCACCUACACAGGAGGUAAUGGCUUUUCUACUUCAUAUAACAGCCAGCGGUGGUUGAACCUCUAUCUUUCUGCCUGCAAAUUCUUGGAUUUGGCUCUGGCAUUGCCCUCAGAAAAUCUUCCUCAAUUUCAGAUGUAUCGAUGGGCAUUUAUUCCAGAGGCCUCAGAUGACUCUGGACUGGAGGUCAGGCGGCAGGGCAUACAUCAACGAGAAUUUAAACCUUAUGUAGUACGACUGGCAAAACUUCUUCGGAAAAGGGCAAAGAAAAACCCAGAGGAAGACAACUCAGGGAGAACACUGGGCUGGGAGCCAGGGCGCUUGCUGCUCACCAUUUGCACAGUGCGCAGCAUUGAGCAGCUCCUGCCGUUCUUCAAUGUGCUCAGCCAGGUCUUCAACAGCAAAGUCACCAGCCGAUGUGCAGGACACUCAGGGAGCCCCGUCCUCUACUCAAACACCUUCCCUAACAAGGACAUGAAACUGGAAAACCAAAAACCAUUUUCCAGCAAAGCCAGACAAAAAAUAGAAGAGAUGGUAGAAAAGGAUUUUCUGGAAGGGGUGAUAAAAACUUGAGCACCACAAGUGGUAUCCAUUUAGCAUAAAUGUAAUUAUUUAAAGCAAACAUUGCUCUGACUAUAGUUUUUUUUUGUAUGUAACAAUACAUUUCAGGUUGUACUUAAUUUAAAUAUUUGUAAAUAAGAGCAAAUGUCUGAAUGUGGCCUGAAUCAAGUUUAAAUAUUGUUGGCUCUCACUGAUUAUGGUGCCUAAGAAAGAUCUAUAUAUACGUAUAUAUAGUCCAUUGUUUCAUUGUCCUGAAGUUGUCUUAAACCUGCUAAAUACACAUUGCACCUUUUUUU